AUGACUAGUAGUAUAGAUGGAACUAUAAAAUUAUGGGAUAAUAGAGUUCCAAAUUCAUGUAGUACUAUAAGCGGAUUCGCAAAUCCUAAGAUAUCAUAUGACGCAACAGGAAAUUAUAUUGGUGUUGUUGAUGAAACAUAUGUCGUAAAGUUUUUUGAUAUCAGAACCUAUAAUCGUGGAACAUUAAAAACAUUUUUUAUUAAUGAUGAAAUUUUAAGUAAAAAUAAUUAUAUUAGAGACAUUAAAUUUUCACCAAAUGGUAAAAUAUUUAUAUUACCAACAAGUGGAUGUUCAUUUUCAUCGUAUGAUGUUAUAACUGGAGAAAAAAUAAUAAGUUAUGAAAAUAUAAAUAAUUGGGGAUAUUCAAAUUAUCCUGUUGAAUUUUCUCCAUGUGGUUCUGUAUUAUUUGUCUCAUGUGAUAAUGAGGUAAAUAUUUAUAAUGUAAAUAGUGGAUUUUUACACAAAACGUUAAUUUCGCAACAUCGUCGUAAUAUUUCGCAAAUGAAAUUUUUUAAUAACGCAAUGAUGUUGGCAACUAGUGGAGAUGGUGUUUCAUUAUGGACACCUGAUUACGCAAAAAUUGAAAAGUUUAAAAGUGAGGAAAGAAAAAGAGAUGAAAUAAAAUAUAAUAAUUUUGUAAAUCAUCUAAAGGAGAGCGCAAAAAAAAGAGAUAAAUCAAAGAUUGGAAAUAUAAAUGGAAUUUAUAAUAUGUUUGAACCUUUAUAUAUAAACACUGAAAAAGCCUAUCAAUCUAUAGAAUAUUUUUACAAUAAUAACGAAACAAAUAUUCAAAUAAAGGAAGAGGUAGAGGAAGAAGAAGAAGUAACAACUUUUAAUGAAAAAGGAAAUGAAGUUUGUAAUGAAGAUGAUAUAAAUGAAAUUAAAAAUAUUCAAAAUAAUAUGAAUAUAGAAGAAGAACAGAAAAAUAGAAGCAGAAAAAUCAAAAAAGUAAUUCGCAAAAUUAAGGUUAAAAAGGAAGAACAAAAAAUAUUUGAAGAUGUUGAUAUGGUAUCUGAUGAUGAAGAAGAAGAAUUUGAGGAAGUUGAAUGUGAAGAGGAAGUAGAUGAGUAUGAAUGUAUGGAAGAAAAUAAUUCAAUUACGGUAAUAAGUUAA